CUCAAUUGCAGUUGUCUACCUACACCUGUAUUCUACUUUGACUGACUUGCUCAGUUUCGUAGGAUGCGUCUCUUCGGCCUCGCCCUGCCGCUGCUCCUGCGGUCGGAAAUUGUUAAUGCAGCAUACACCUUGAGCGACGUUGAGGCUCAGAUAUCAUCACACCUUGCCCGUAAUACCGCCUACACUGCAGUAUCCACUCCCCCAUCGGGCUGUCAGCUGGCAUGCGGCUUCUUAGCCUUCUCUUUACCGUCGCAGCUGUCGUAUCCCGACAGCUCAACAUAUGAAUUCGAGGAAUCGCGAUACUGGUCACAACAGCAAGCUCUCACUAGACCUGCUUGUCGAUUCUCCCCCGCAUCACCAGAGGAAGUGUCUUUGGCCGUUCUAACUUUUCGCGUCACUCAGUGCAAGUUUGCCGUCAAAAGUGGUGGGCAUGCUGCUUUCGCAGGCGCCUCAAAUAUUGACAAUGGCGUGACAAUCGAUCUUAUUAACCUGAACCAAAUUGUGCUCUCUCCUGACAAGACACAGGUCUCUGUUGGCCCUGGAAACGUCUGGUAUGACGUUUAUAAUUACCUCCAGCCUCACAACGUCACUGUGAUUGGCGGGAGGGUAUCGGCUAUUGGCGUAGGAGGUCUGACCUUGGGAGGUGGAAUGUCGUUUUUUUCUAGUCAGCAUGGAUGGGCAUGUGACAACGUCAAUUCUUUUGAGGUCGUACUUGCAGACGGCUCAAUCCGCCAAGUGAGCUACUCGUCCCCGUAUUCUGAUUUGUACUGGGCGCUUCGCGGCGGAGGGAAUAACUUUGGCAUUGUAACACGAUUUGAUCUCGCGGCCUACCCCCAAGGCGAUCUUUGGGCGGGCUCAGAUACUUUUCUGUAUACAAAUCAGACGGCAGCUGCUAUCAACGACGCUUUCUAUUACCUUGGCAUUAAUGCUCCCUCGGAUCCGUAUGCUCAAGUUAUCAUUGCGUACGCUUAUGCCCAGUCGGAAGAUCUCUUUGUUAUUGCCUCAGAUCUACAAUACGCAAAACCAGUCGCCAAUCCUCCAAUUUUACAGAAUUUCACUUCGGUUCCCGGUGCUAUCGCCAGCACACUCCGUAUCACAGACCUCUCUAAUCUCACAGUCGAGUUCAACAACUCCAACCCAGGUGGUUUCCGGCAAACAUACUGGACCUUUACAGUCCAAAACAAUGCUGCUUUAAUGGCUGACAUGGUUGCCAUCUACAUGGAAGAAAUUGGGCCAAUCAAGAACGUCACAGGAAUUGGGCCUUCUAUCAUCUUUCAGCUCAUCACUACUGAUAUGACCGACCAAUUUUCCAAGAAUGGUGGCAAUGCACUUGGGCUCGCUGGCCAAGGUCCUCUAAACCUAAUAAAUGUUGAUAUAUCUUGGUCUAAUGCUUCGGAUGAUGAUAAAGUCCUCGCGGCCGCGCAAAACAUUGUCAACCGCUCCGUCGCGGUUGCACGUGCUAAAGGCCUCGAUCAUCCAUAUCUUUACCAAAACUACGCUUCAUAUCAGCAAGAUGUCUUUGCUAGCUAUGGAGCAGAUAAUCUCGCAAAGUUAAGAUCAAUAAGUACUAAAUACGAUCCGCAGCGAGUGUGGCAGAAGUUACAACCAGGAUACUUUAAGCUAGGAUAGUUUAUAUUCACAACCUCUAACUUGCAUUGAAUGGAACGAAUGAUGCC